UGAUUAGAUUCUAGGGUUAGGGUUUUACCCGACCAGGUUAGCUUUUUCAGAGUCCUCCUUUGAACGAGAGAGAGAGAGAGCGAAGGUUUGGAAGCCAUGGGGAGGUACAGAAGCCGAAGCAGGAGUUACAGCCCAAGGAGACGCAAACGCUACGACGAUCCUCGCGAAAGGUCCCGCAGAGACCGUCGAUCCCCUGCCCCUUCUGGUCUUCUUGUUCGCAACAUCUCCCUUAAUGCAAGGCCUGAAGAUCUUAGAAUUCCAUUUGAACGAUUUGGUCCAGUAAAGGAUGUGUAUCUGCCGAAGGAUUACUACAGCGGGGAGCCGAGAGGCUUUGGAUUUGUGAAGUUUCGUUAUGCUGAAGAUGCUACUGAGGCAAAGCAACGACUAGAUCGUGCAGUUAUUGGAGGACGUGAGAUAAGAAUUGUUUUCGCAGAAGAGAAUAGGAAAACUCCUCAGGAAAUGCGUAGGACGACACGCCCAAGUGGUCGAGGAAGCUACAGGAGGCGAAGUCCUUCGAGGUCCCCAAGACGCCGAUAUAGCUCUUACUCGCCCUCACCUUCUCCACUGAGACAUGACUCAAGGGACCGUAGAACAAGGGAUGCUUAUUACUCCCCACGUCGAUCUAGAUCCAUUUCCAGAUCUGUUUCUCUGCACAGUGAAAGAAACCAUGGGGCGACCAAAAGGUCUUCAAGGCGAUCUAGAUCGAUGUCCCAAUCUCUUUCUCUAAAUGGUGAUAGAAACAAGCGGUCAACCAGAUACCUAAGUCCAGGAGAAAAUGUUCAGACUGCUCAUGAUGAGGACUACGCCCGCAGCAGGUCAGAGAGUCCUAGGGGGGCUGCUCGGAGUCCCCUAAGAUCUCCUUCUCAAUCUUACAGGUAUGUACUGUUUUCAUUUUUGUAA